GAAAGCCAUAAGAAGCAACACUUCUUUACUCAUUCUUUUAGAUUAAUCAUUCUCAUGCAUUUUUUCAAAAAUCUUCUCACACUUUUUCUUCACUUGCUUACUUACAGCACCUCUCUUAACAAUGGAUGAAACGACUACAUUUCAAGGACUAGGACACCUCUUCAUGACGAUAUUCUUGUACUGCUUCUCAGUGUUCAUCGUGGCUCCGGUGAUUACAGACGUCAGCAUGGCGGCGCUUUGUCCAGGAAAGGAUGACUGUUCUCUCGUCAUUUACCUAUCCGGCUUUCAACAAAUUAUCACGGGUAUGGGAUCGUUGAUGAUGAUGCCAUUGGUGGGAAGCUUGUCGGACAAGCAUGGGAGAAAAUCUUUACUUACUCUUCCAAUGACACUCAACAUUUUGCCUCUUGCGACAUUAGCAUAUAGUAGAGGGACGACCAUCUUCUACGUCUACUAUGUACCGAAGACUUUUACUUCGAUAAUUUGCGAAGGAAGUGUUCUUUGUCUUGCCCUUGCUUACGUGGCUGAUAACGUAACAGAAGGGCAACGAGCCUCCGCAUUUGGAAUACUUAUCGGGAUUGCAUCUUGUGCAUUUGUCUGCGCCACUCUUUGCGCUCGAUUUUUAGCUAUUUCCACUACAUUUCAAGUCGCAGCAACAAUGGCAAUUUUAUCAACAGUGUACAUGAGGCUUUUCCUACCGGAUUCUAUCCGAGACAACAGUCUAGGGGCUCCCAUUGUUUCAAGCGAAAAGUUGAGUUCUCCUUUACUUGAAGACUGUCCUGGACAUAGAAAUAGAAUAUUCAGAUCAUUUCGUUCGGUACGUGAAAUGACAUCUCUAAUGAGAAGCAGCGUUCCACUUUUUCAAGUUGCGGUGGUAUCCUUCUUCAGUAGUCUUGGUGAGGCAGGUCUACAUGCUUCGUCUAUGUACUAUUUAAAGGCCAAGUUUCACUUUAACAAAGACCAGUUUGCAGACUUGAUGAUCAUAUGUGGCGCAGCCGGGUCUAUUUCACAGUUGAUCUUCAUGCCCAAUUUAGUUCCAGCUUUGAAAGAGGAGAGAUUGCUUUCAAUUGGUCUUUUCUUUGCUUCUGCCCAUAUGUUCCUCCUCUGUGUGGCAUGGUCUUCAUGGAUGCGGAGCAUUGUCUCGAAACAAGUAGCAUCGUACGAACAGGGGAAAGCCCAAGGGAUCAUUUCAAGUAUUUGUUCCCUUGCAAAUGUCAUUUUCCCCCUGGCCUUUUCACCUCUAACAGACUGGUUUCUGUCCGAAAGAGCUCCAUUUAAUUUCCCAGGUUUCAGUAUAAUGUGUGCUGGAUUCACCAUGACUAUAGCCUUCAUCCAAAGCCUCAUGAUCAGAGCAACAACUCCAAUGUCAGAGAUUGGAUCUCCAUAGUUCAGUAAGUUCAAAACCAUAUGACUUACAUAGUGAAACAAAAUAUAUAGGUUUUAAAUACAUUAGUCGUUGAUGCUUAUGAUAGCCAGCAAUAUUGUAUUGGCAUGUUUAUUAGGCUCGUUAAAUAAUUAGAUGUUUUUUUUGUUAAUUAAUUAGAUG